AUGGCGGGGAUCUGCUUCGCUUGCGACCUGCAGGAGGGAAAGAAGAAAGGUGAAGACGUUCCCCAAGCAGCAGCGGAGGCACCUGCAGACGACGGCGACCCUUCCACAACCGGGUUUGUCGGGAAUGAAGGUUCAGCUCGGAGCAAGAUACGGGAAAAUAUACCUGGUACUGAGGAGGAGUCAUCAAGCGUCGCAUCGACGAUAACUGCUAGCUGCGACAAGCGCCUCGCGGGGAAGGACCACCAAGGAAAAGAAAGGUCACCGAGCAGAGCCGGAUGGGACAAGGGUACUGCCAAGAAAGUUCAGAGCUCAAGGAAAAACUCGUCUGGUGGCAACCCAAGAGGGACAAAUCACAUGGCCGAAAAAAGGCACGCGUCAGAGGAAGUGUCUUCUACAAGCACUGGUGACACAAGCACAACUAGGUCGUCGAGCAGCGGCACAGGACAGAUGCGCGGGACUCGGACGGCCCACAAAUGGAGCAAAGCUAGCGGACAGAGCCGCACUGCUAAGAAUACUCGGCGACCAAGGAGCUCGUCGUCUGGCGGCGGCAGUCGGCUUAAGCGCAGAACCAGAAGCCGAAGCCCUGUAAGAAGCAGGUCAUCGAGCAGCAGCGGCAGCAAUAUUAAGCCUGGCGUAAAGGGAGACCGGAGGUCAUGGAGUACGACGUCAAGCGAAAUGAGUGGGUACAAACGUAAAACGAGCAAGGCGCGCCUUUCUGGAGCUACGUCGACGGUGAGCAGUGGCGAGAGCUCAAUUGGAGCCAAACGACAGCGUCAAUCGCGAAGCAUGUCAAGACACAGCGGCCGCAAUACGGACAGGGUUAAAUGGCGAUCUGUGUCAGAGAGCAGCACGCUUAGCAGCAUGGGGGAUAGUCGCAAGACAAAGAAGAAUCACCGUGAUGGACGCCUCUCUUCGAGCACUCGAAGCAACCACGAGCGCCGACGCUCAAAAGACGCCUCGUCAAGUAGCCGUUCAUCAUCCACUGCAUCGACGCGUAGGAGCCCCAACGCGGAGGCAGCGGCGACUGGAAAGAACCGUCGGGAUGCUGUUAAAAAACAACAAUGA